AUGUCGUCAGCAACGAUCGCGAGAGACAUCCCUGCCAUAAAAAAGGCGGAUCCAGGAUCAUCGCUUCCAAGAGGAUAUAGUACAACACCUUCAGGAACAAUCUAUUCUAGUACUCCUGGAGGUACCAGAAUCAUAUAUGAUCGUAGUACGUUGCUUAACCUCGCCAAUUCACCCCUCUCCAAAACCUCACCAUCCAACUUGGCCUACGUUCCUGGUGUCACCAUACCACAUCAUCAUAACGACGCAAAGCCUAACAGUAGCACUACAAAUCAAGUUGCUGGACAUCUGGCUCCUCCGCAGCCACAUCCUGAGCUUAAAAAGACCGAUUUGAGUGGAAAAACUACAACUGGCGCUGAGAGUGGCGACGAGGAUUCAAAUCAAGCAUUCGUAGAUCAUAAGGAAGUACACAACGAGGGUGUAUUUGACAUGGAAAUGGAAUAG